UGAAAGUCGCCGAUUACGGCGACAUCGCCUCGCAUUCGAUAGAACGCCGCUCCCGAUUCUCGACAAGAGGCAGGGUGGGGUGCCACUGACGUCACACUCGGCGAUAUCCGCCGGCACUCGACUGGCCCCGAUCUUGCCCGAACGGGUCAAUGUCUGAGGAGGAGACGUCGAAAAAUUCAAUGGUCGGUGUGGUGUUACCGUGCUGCUGCUGCUUAACGACGAGGCAGAAAAGUCGUCGCUGAUCGUUCGUAUUAUCAGUCGAAGUAUUAUCGCUCGGCGAACGCGCGACCUUGUUAUUUCGCGUCCGCAAUCGCCGCCUUCGUCGUGAUAUAUCAAGCGAGGCUGGCUACGAGAAUCGCCUUGCGUCGGCUGUCCGGUGCCCGCGACCAGCGAUAGUGAGACCGAGAAAGACAGAGAGAGAGAGAAAGAGAGAGAGAGAGAGAGUGCCAAUUGAACACAGGCGUUGAACGCAAGGAUGGCAGCGACGACGAUGACGGCGACGCGGUGAAAAUACAGCAGCACGGAAAUCUGUCAAACAUCAACGACGAAUAGCUCAGGUGAUCAGACUCCAUAGUGAGGAAGACAGAUAGAAUAGUGAAAAGGAAGGAUAGAGAGAGAGAGAGAGAGACACACAGAGGCGAAUAAGAGAGCAAGAGAGUAGGUAUCGAAGAAGCGAGACGAGAGAUAGCCACGCAAGAGAGAGAGAGCGAUAGAGAGGAAUAACGCGACGUUGGCGUAGAAAUAAGUAUUCUACGUAAUACGUCGACGGCCGAUGACGACGGAGAAAUCCGAGCCGCGAGGAAGCGGUCACGUUAUAUAGAAAUCGCGCCGUACGAACCGUCCCGAAAACGUCAACCUUCUAUACUCCCUCCUUCUCCACCUCCCUUCCCUCUCCACCCCUCCCCGCUUCACCGCAGCUUAUUGGCUGGCAGAACCGCGCUUCUCGGACCCGCUUGCUGUAGCUGCUGCUGCCGCUGCUGCUGCUGCUUCUACGGUAUCGGCGAGGAAGCUCUAGAUCAUCGGUCGCCGAGAGACUCAGUGUGUAUCGAGAAAAAAAAAAAAAGAGAGGGUGGGUGUCGACGACGAGUGUGAAAGUGGCCGCCUCCUCUUCCUCCUACUUCACUUUCAUGGAGAAGGUACACUCGUGUGACGAAUAGAGAGAGUGCGAAUCGACCGGAGAGACUUUCGUCGUGCUUGUGUCUCGGUGGUGUCGCUGCGCGAGCGCGCGCUCUCUCUCGAGCAGAAGCGGAAAAUCGUCUUCCGUUGGAAAAGAAGUAGUGUGUCGUCCUGCAGUGGUACAUACAUUCUCUCUCUCUCUCUCUCCUUUCUCUUUCCAUCCCCGCCCUCCUCCCUUCAUCUCUCUUCCUUCGUUUCUCCCUCUUCCCCCUCCUAAUCGAACGUCGUGGCGUAACGCGGAGUAGGAAAUCACGAAAACGGUAAAUAGACUGAGAGAGAGAGAGAGAGAGAGAAGGAGAGAGAUAAGGCGCGCGCGCGAGCGCGCACUCGCGUGCGAUGUGAUAAUCGCGUGUGCAACUGUCAUUGAUGUGCGAAGUGGUAUCGACGACAAAGAAGAAGAAAACUUGUGCAACGACUACCGGGGCUAACUUGAGACGGGGACGUGAGGAAGGUGAAGGAAUCGCCGGAGUUACCGGCCGAUCUAACCUAGUGCAAGGAGCUGCGGAGGAAAGAAAAGCUCAACCCUUCUCAAGUAGUGUUGGUGUUGUUGGUGGUGGUGGUGGUGGUGAAGGCGCGGAGGCGGAGGUGGAGGAGGUCGAAACAGCCUCAGGAUGAGCGGACGACCGAGAACCACCUCCUUCGCCGAGGGUAACAAGCCGCCUGCGAACCCGCCCCUCGGCGGCAUGAAAAUCAGCAGUGGUGCAAUGUACCCUGCAGGCAAGGAUGGCAGCAAGGUAACAACCGUAGUGGCGACACCAGGUGCAGGGCCAGAUCGUCCCCAAGAGGUCGCAUACACUGACACCAAGGUCAUCGGCAAUGGCAGCUUCGGCGUGGUAUACCAAGCCAAACUCUGUGACUCCGGCGAAAUGGUCGCUAUCAAGAAAGUUCUUCAGGAUAAACGAUUUAAAAACAGAGAAUUACAAAUUAUGCGACGCCUUGAGCACUGCAACAUUGUGAAACUCAAAUAUUUCUUUUACUCUAGUGGUGAUAAGAAGGACGAGGUUUAUCUCAAUCUAGUCCUGGAAUACAUACCGGAAACUGUGUACAAAGUCGCUCGACAUUAUAGCAAAAGCAAGCAGACGAUACCAAUCAGCUUCAUCAAGCUAUAUAUGUAUCAACUGUUCCGUUCGUUGGCGUACAUCCAUUCGUUGGGUAUCUGCCACAGAGAUAUUAAGCCGCAGAAUCUACUCUUAGAUCCGGACACUGGCGUCUUGAAGUUAUGCGAUUUCGGUUCGGCUAAACAUCUAGUGAAAGGCGAGCCCAAUGUGUCUUACAUUUGCAGUCGCUAUUAUCGCGCACCUGAGCUCAUCUUUGGUGCUAUCGAUUAUACUACAAAGAUCGAUGUUUGGAGCGCAGGUUGCGUACUAGCAGAAUUGUUGCUAGGCCAACCGAUAUUUCCCGGCGAUAGCGGCGUCGAUCAGCUGGUAGAAAUUAUCAAAGUCCUUGGUACGCCUACGCGUGAUCAGAUACGUGAGAUGAAUCCCAACUAUACCGAAUUCAAAUUUCCACAAAUUAAGUCACAUCCUUGGCAAAAGGUGUUCAGGGCGCGCACACCGCCAGAAGCAAUGGAUUUAGUUGCACGAUUGUUAGAGUACACACCAUCGCUGCGUAUGACACCACUGCAGGCAUGCGCGCAUUCCUUCUUCAAUGAGUUGCGUGAACAAGGAACACGGUUGCCGAGUGGCCGCGAACUACCGCCGCUGUUUAACUUCACCGAACAUGAGUUGCGCAUCCAGCCGGUUCUCAAUAGUAUGCUGAUACCCAAGUAUAUGCAAUCGGCCAGCGCUACCACCGGUACGGAGGGAACUCCUGGCGGGGGCGGCGGGGGUGGAGGUGGCGGUCAAUCGGACGCCACGGGCGCCGCCGCCGGCGCUAGCGGUAACUCUAAUGAUAAUAGCAUUACCAAUCCUAAUACCUCCACCAACACCAUCAGUACCAAUACGCAAAACACCGAUUCCAGCCAAUCGAACAUGGCUUGAAUCGCUUUAUUCUUUUUUCUUUUUCUUUUUUUUAAUGUUAUCAAAGAAUCAGAUUACAGCGUCAUGACGAAUCUAUCUCUCUUCUGACGAGGAUGUCCAUGUUGUAAAUGCGAUAUAUUGCAUUGCGGAGUUUAUAGAUAUAAGAUUUUUUCACCUUCUAGAGCGAGAAGUAGCGUAGUACAGCGACGCGACUCGGCGAGAUUAAGGUUUCUCAUUCAUCACUGUAAUAGUCGUAUUGAAUAUAUUUAUAACAUCAGAAAAGAAUCAUAUAUGUUGAUGAUCUUUGUUGCAUGAUACAUAACUCGUAUUUGAUGGAAUAGACUUUAUGAAACAUGCUAACUCUUUCUUGGUUACAAAUUUGUGAAAGCUAAAAGAAAAGUAUAAUCUACUUACUUGUAAUAUAUUUUUCUUGAAGUUGAUAAAUUUGUGUUGCUUGAUUUGCAAAUUGGUGAAAACUCGAUAUGUUUAUAUAUAUAUACAUAUAAAUUAUUUACUAAAAGAAAAGUAUAAUUUACUUAUUUGUAAUAUAUUUUUCUUGAAAUUGAUACGUAAAAAAAAUUUGUGUAUAUUAUUAUGCAUGAGAAAAAUAACAACUUAUAUGAUUUUCUAUUUCUGAUGCUACAAAACAAUACGACUUUUACAGAAGCCUUAAUGCUAUAUCGUUGCCGAAUCGGAUUCAGUGUAUAUAUAUAUAUGUAGGAAGUGGUCCUUCUUUAAUUUUAAAUAAUCGCUGAGAAUGCGUUUAUACUCUAGUUAAAGAUAAACUAAGAGGAUGUGUAAUCUAAUGUGUCUCUAGUAAUGUCGUUUGCAUCACCAUCGUUUUAUACUUUAAGACACUGUGGUAUCAAAGCUCGACGAAAGUAUCAAUUUAAAAAGAAUAAAAAUACCGACAAUUGAAGGAUGCUACUGUCUUUCGUAGACCAGAAUGAUGCAAUUUGAUAUGACAAAUUCUUAAUUAUAUAUCUUAUGUUUAUAUAAAAAAAAAUGGUCCCUCUCUCUUUAACUGAUAAUUAAAUGCGACUCUAAAUAAAAUAGUCGAAUGUCCGUAUCGUGAACUUUUUUCGAGCUCAAAGAAUUGUUUUUACUGUGAAUUUUUUUUUGCAGUUUUCGUUCUUAUUUUUAAUGUCAUAUGCGCAGAAUGAAAAUGUUGCUUUCUCACUCAACUUAUCACAUGGUCAUGUGGUAAAUAAUAAAUCAUGACAGCAGUGUAAAGGAAGAAUAUCAUGAGUUGUUUUAUAAUACAUGAUCGCAAAAAUUACGGAGUUUACUAUACGAACAUUCAACUGCAUGUAUAUCGCGUUAGAUUAUUUGUAGAUAUUUCUAGGCGGCGUUAAAUAUCUGCAAAAUUAAUUCUUCAGAAAGUAUCAACGGUUAAAGAAAAACUGUUAUGCUAUUAACGUAAUUCGAUGGCAAAUAAGCUGUUCUGUUGUCGAAUUGGUUUAAGAAUGCACAGAAACUAGUUUUUCUUUAAUCGAAAAAUAAGCGAUCCGGCACAUUCUAGUUGAAAGCAAACUAAAACAAUGUGUAAUCAAAUGUCUAGCAAUUUGUUAUUACAUCAGCUUUGAGGAGGGUACCGAUGAGGAUUGGAGAAAGAUCAUCGUGCUAUUGAUGUAAUUUAGCGUAUAUAUAAGAAUUGGUCGUUCUUUAAUAACUAUAAUAACUGCUAAACGCGUGAUUCUAGUUAUGGAAAACUAAAAAAAGAUGACAUCCGGUAACAUUAUUUUAUUAAGACAAUACAGGAUCGAAACCGAUAUAAUUUCAUUAAGUUUAUAUUUGAAGAUUCUUUUUCUUUAUUUAUUCGCAGAUCAGUAAAGUGAUAACUGUCUUAUAAUACAUUUUUGCUGGAAAGUGGGUUUUAUCGGAACUAUACCGGUUUCGGAUCUUUGUACAUGGUCAUUGCUGCGAGAUCAGUUUAAAAUAAGAAAACAAAAAGGAGUGAAUUAUCAUACUCUCUACUCACAAGGCAAAUUACAUUUUCAAAGUAUAAUUUCUCAAGAUUUCAGUCAGACUGAAGACAUUAAGACAAAUGUAUUAAGAAUGAGUAACAAAAUAACAAUGAAUAUAAAAAUGACAAGUAAUAAUGAUACUAAUAUAUCAAUAAAACUAGUGAUACAUGUUUUGUCUCAACUGAAAUGAUCUUGUAAGUAAAUUAUCAAGAAAAGAAUAUUCUCUGUCUUGUGUUUAGAUUUCUUGAACGAAUUUCUUUCAUAGAUUACUGGCUAUACUGAUAAACAGCAAAGUAAGUUACAGAAGAUUUUUUUUCAGAUUUAAAAACUGAUCGACUCGCUGCAAAAUGACUAAAUGCUAUUGUACGCCAGCAUAAUUAGAAAGAAUGUUAGUUAGCAAGCCGGAGCAUUUAGCGAGAAGACAUUCGUGCCUAUCGGUCAUAUCUCGGCGCGUUAAAUCAUUAUCUCUAGCACUCUGUCGCUAUUAUACUAUGACUCUUCGGAUUCUCGGCUGUCCAAAUUUUUUUUUUUUUUUAAUCGUAGAUGACGAACUUCUGAUUGACCCAACAGAACGAUUUAUCAUACUUUUAAUGACAUGUAUAUGGCGAACGGAUAUUUUGAUACAUUAAUGAAAUCGCUUCAAUAAUGAAGAAAGCUUUUUUUGCGUGUUAAACAUAUUUCCGAAAUUAGUUAUAUGGAAAACAAUCGAAUAUUCGAAUUUUUUUCGAAAAACAAAACAUAAACAAAAAAGAAUACUUUUUAAGGUUAAGAAGAGAGGGCUUAUAUAUCAUACCUUCGUUUUGCAAGAAUUACGAAAUAAUUUGUAACAUAAUUUUGAUUUUCAAAAUAUAAUUACAACAUUUGAAAAAACAUAUAAUAUUGAAAUGUAAAAUAAUAAAUAUAAACUAUCUUUAUAUACAUAUAUAUAUUUUAAAAUUUAUUAUUGAGUUAUUAUUAGCAACAACUUGUAAUAUGUUAACUAUUAUAAGAAAUAAGAAAGUUAUGUGAAAGUCAAAUCCAUUUGUUAAUGUUUUUGACAGAAUAGAAAAGCUGUAAAAAAUAUAAAAUAUAAAAAUAUAAUUUUUUAGGUUUAAAAAUUCAAAGAUGUAUACACACACACAUACACACAGAUACAAGGAGAUUCAUAUAGUGUAUAUCUGUGUAGUAAAUCUAUGUUGUGUAAUGUAGAUUUUUAAGUUAUGUAUUCCUUAAAUGAUAUACAAAUAUUUAUAACCAUCAUUUCGAAAAUGUCUUGCAGUUACAAAAAUAUGAAAUAAAAAAAAGAAUCGUAAUUCAAAAAUUCUAAGGAGUAAAUUUUGACAUAUUCUUAUUCAGGUCAAACUAAAGUUAUUACAUUUUCUCAUUAAAACUUAAAUAACUUUUACCUAAAAUAUUUUUCACAAAAAUGCUUUGUUUUCAAAUUAUUCAGCUGAUUCAAUUGAUUUAUGAAUCACCCUGUGUGUAUCGUGUUUCACAUAUACACAUAAGAUCACACACAAAAUCAAACUUUUACACUUGAAUUCCGGGUCACGCAGUCUUGCAUGUAUACAUAUCAUUGCAUCCAAAAAGAUAGAGAUCAAGUAGUUUUUUUUUUUAAGUAGAGGUGAAAAUAAAAUGGCGUGUGUAAAAUUUGAAAAGAGAAAAAUCUAGAAAAGUUAAAGAUUUGAAGGUGAAUUUGAAUUUUAUGGGCAUGUUACAGACAUUAAAAUUAAACUUUUAGACCACAAAUAUUUUUUUCUUUUUAUUAAUGUUAUAUAUAUUUUUCACGUUUUAAAUAAAAUCACACGUCGCCUAUUCCUUUUUAUUUUGGAAAAAUACAUGAGAUGUGCUCUGCAAAAUGUCUUCCGAUUUUGAAAAAAAGUACAUCUUGCACAAAAAAAUUGCAAACGUAUCAAUGAUAGAAAUAUUAAACUCUAGCCAUAUAUGUGUACAGAUACGAAUCACACCGUUCUAAACAACUAUACUCAAAUCGAAUUAAUGUGAUUAAAAAAGCUAAACUACUACAUAAGAUAUACUACUGCAUAGAAUGCGUUUAUUGUAGAACAAACUUGGACAUGAAGAGCAAUUUUCGGAUAAAUUGAUUUAUUAGCUAGCUAGGUGUGGUGCGCGUGUUAUAAAGAUAAUUAUUCUGUAAUUUUUUUUCUCUAUUUUUUUGCAGUGUAUUUAUAUAAAUCUUUGCUGAGAGAUGGCUGGCUUGAUACAAAGGCUCGAACUAUCUUCCUCGUGUUAUCACGUUGAUAGCAUAAUGCGAAAGCAUUCUUUCGAAAAGAAAUUUCGGAAUGAUCGAAAUUUAAAUUUGGCGAAAUUACACCGGCUUGUAUCUCUAAAUCUGUUUGCUUCAGUUGCACUCCUUCUGUCUUCUCUCUUCUUUGAAAUAUAUACAUCUUGAUAUACAUUUAUAUUUUAUUUAACAACGAAAGAAAAGUGUAACUGAAAUAAGCAGGUCUCCUGUUUCUCUUGAGUUUUAGGCGUCUAUCAAGAGAAGUGUUGAAUUGGGAAACGGAGGAGAGAUUAGCUGGAAAUCUAGCUGCGAAAUAGAGAUACAAUAUAUCUUAAUACGAACAUUGAAUCAAAGCACAGCUUGGACAUAGAUAUUGUUGAUUAUUUAUCGUGAUUAUUAUUAUUAUUAAUAAACGAAAAAUUCAUCGA